AUUUAUUCAUGUUUUGAUCCUAGUCAAGGUAACUUUUGAUACGCCAAUAAUAUUUCACAUAUGUUGUAUUCUCGCGCAAUUUCCGGUACCAACGAAAAAUGUUCGUAAUAAAAAUACUUUUUGCAACGGCUUCAUUACUUCCAUUUUCAAAUGCCAUAAUGGUGGAUUCGUAUUAUUCGCCAUCACAAAAUAAAGAACAAAUGCGUGCAUUUCAACCAACCAAUGCACAAAGACCUCAAGACUAUCCAGCCAAGGACACUUAUCACAGUAAAGAAACAGACGAACAUUACGUAAAGCCUUUAUAUAAAUACGGAUAUUCUGUACUGGAUCCUUACACUUUAGAUGUGAAAAGCCACUGGGAACAUCGCGACGGUGAUUUUGUAAAAGGAGCUUAUAACAUGUUGGAGGCAGACGGCUCGAUGCGAAUAGUAGAAUAUGUAUCGGAUAAAGAUUCGGGUUUUCGAGCUGUUGUCAAGAAAAUACCGCAUUAUUUGAAAAACGAAAGGGCGAAGGAAUCGUUUUCACCUGUACCGAAAUCAAACCCUCAUGCGGAGCAGUUUUUCCCCAUACAAAACCCACCUCCGGCUCAAUCAUUGCAACCACCACCUGCGCCGUAUCAACAAUAUCAACAUAAUAUUUAUGACCAACCACAUCCUCAAAAUUUACCAGCACAAGAUAAUUUCAUUACACCUUUCGAAGAUAGGCCUCUGAAUGAAAAUUAUGUUCAACGCGAAAAUUAUUAUAAACAAUAUCAAAAAAAAGUUAGAAAAAAACCGGUCAAUAAAUACAGGCAUAUAAUCACCACCAGACCACAAUAUUGAUGAGAUGAUGAUGUUCGUCACCUUACCAAUCGAAUUCAUAUUUUCCAUUUAAACUUUUAUGUGUGUGGUUUUUUUAAAAAAUUUUACGAUACAUUUUGCGGGCACGUGUUAAAUUUUUAAUUUGUUCUAGAAAAUUUUCAAUGUAUUUUUAAAAACGUGCAGCUAUCAGAAUAACUGUACAGUUUUUAAGUCUUUUUUUCAUUGUAUUGAAUUUUAGUUAAAAUUCGUAGUACAGAGUAGGUAAGGUACCUACGUAAGUUUAAAAGCCAAGCAGCACUUGAGCGAUCUACAGAGGAGCAAGCAGACUUUGGACACGAUGCAGUCUCGAACACAUGUGCCAGGAACUCGUUAAUUUUCUCAUCUAGGUCUUUAGUUAAGUACCUAUCUAAUUGGUGAACAACUGAACACCAUUGUGCGAGCCAAAAAAUAAGUGUCAUUUAUACCUACGAAUGAAUUUUAUGAACAAUUUAUGUCAAUGCAACCAUGUGAAAAUCAAUAAUAAAUAUAGUGAUGACGUAUUUUUAAAUUCGGUAUCAAAGACCAUCUUUUUUUUUUUUUCAAAAUA